CAUCGCAGUAGGAGCGUCGUUGCGUCCCUUCGCUGUUUUUAUUCACCUGACGAACAUGGCCGCUGAUGAUUGAAGGAUACCUCGGAUCUCUUGUGAUUUCUUAACUUGAGCAAUAAACAUGCGCCAUUUGACGAUUUCAUUGUAUAAUAUGUGAAUGAACAUCUUUAUGAAGCGAUAAAUUGGGAAGUAGCACUCUAAACCAUGCUGAAGUGGUUUUCCAAUGAAGAUGGCGCUCCUGGCCAGGGAGCGCUCGGCUCCCCCCAGGGUGGUGGUGGUGCUGGAGGAGGAGAAGGAGGCCAGGCAGCCCUGGUGGAGGUGGCGGAGCGGCUGGCCCAGACAGAGCAGCUGGUGGCCCAGCUGAAGGAGCUGAUCCGUGAGAAGGAUGGCUCGCUGCGCACCAAGGACGAGCAGCUCAAGGCAGAGAAGGAGGCGUGCGAGGCCAAGCUCUCCAAGAUGCGUCUCCAGAACAAAGCCAAGGUCACCUCCCUCAGCGCCCAGCUGGAGGAGCUGAAGAAAGGAGGUGCUGCCGGGGGUGGAGCUGGGGGCCAGGGGACUCCCACCCACAGUAAGAAGGGAGGUGCAGAGGGAAGCGAGCAGGCCAGCCGCGGGAAGAUCCUCCUCCUUAGGAAGAAGGUGGAGGAGCUGGAGCAUCAGCUGUCACAGAGAGAUGAGGAACUGGAAGUCAAGUCACGAGAGCUGGAGGCCCAGAGGCAGCGUGGUGCGGACAUGGACGCCAUGCUGGUAGAGCGAAACAGGAAGCUGUCAGAGAAGGAGGCCUACAUAGUCCACCUGCAGACUGGCAUGGCCACCGGAGAGCAGACGGCCACGCCUCCAGCCCAUCCAGACACGGAGCACAUGGCGUUGCCGGAGGAGAGCGGAGCGGGCUCCCUGGCGGAGCUGCAGCUGCUGGUCCUAAGUCUGACCAGGAAGGUGGGCGAGGGUGAUGAACGUUACAGCCUGCUGCAGGAGCAGACUGAGAGCCUCAAGGAGCUCCUAGUCACAGAAAAGGCCGCCUUCGAGGACAAGGAGAACAUGUACAAGCAAAACAUCCAGACGUUUAAAGACAUCAUUCUGCAGAAAGACAACAAGCUAAUGGAGGUCAACCAGAUGCAUGAGCAGGAGCUCUUCAAGUUGGCCGCCAAGUCUGACGCCAGCGCUGAUCUGGAACAGCUCCUGAAGGCUCUGAAACAGAAACUACAUGAGAAGGAGGAGGUGCUACAGGGUAAAAACCAGGUUAUUGAUGUCCUCCAGGGGGAGGUGGACUCCAGAGACCAGCAGAUCAAGGACCUUGUGGAGCGGGCGCGGCGGCUGAAGGUGGAGCGCGAGAGCCUCGGGUCCAAGAUGGAGGCUGAGAAGCACGUGAUGCGGGCUCAGCUGCGUGACCUCUUGGAGAAGCAUCAGGGCGAGCUGCGCCGUGCCGCCGAGUGCCACGAGGCCCAGCUGGCCGAGCGGGAGCAGGCACUUCGCGGGCAGCUACAGGAGGAGCUGGGAAGGACCCCUGUCGCCGAGCUUCAGACCCAAACGCAAGCAGGGAGCGGCGGGGAUUCUCCAGUCACGGCCCAGAGGAUGAACGAGCUGGAAGCACAAGCCAAGCUGAAAUCUGAGGAGGCCAGUAAAUCGGAAGCCAAGUUCCUAAAGAUAAAAGCCUGGUCAAAGUCUCGUAUUCGACAGCUGGAGGACGAGCUGAGGAAAAGCCAGUCUGGCAGAGUGGGCCCUGACGUGACGUCCCUGCGUAGCCGCGUCACGGAUCUGGAGGAAGAGCGGGAGGAGACGCUGUGGAAGCUGGAGCAGUACGACGAGAUCAAGGCCAAGAACGAUGUACUGGAGGCCAAGCUGGUGGUGUACGAGGAGCAGCAGAGGAAGAUGGCCUCCGACCUGGAGCAGGUCACCAAGAGAGCCGCCUCUCAGGCCAGCGAGUCAGGUAGCGCCGACGACGCCCAGAGCCAGGUGCUGGACUGGCAGGAGAUGGUGUCGGAGGCGGUGACGGCCAGGGACCGUGCCCGCGAGGAAAAGGCCACCAUGGCCCUGCGCAUGAGCCACAUGGAGGAGGAGAGAGAGGUGCUGGCCAGCCGGCAGCAGGAGUUGGAGGAGGAGCUGGUGCAGGCCCGGGGUCUCACAGGGCUACAUAGGGGCGGCAAGAAAAUGGGAGGCGCCGCCCACCAACACAGCCUGCAGGAGGACUUUGAGUUUGAUGGCAAGCAGGCGUUCCACCAGGACCCACACAGUGGCGGAUCUGAGAGCACCACCCCGAUGGAGGAGGGGGAGAACAUGGGAGGUUGGUGGCCUGAGUACACUUCCCCCAACACAGGUGGCCUGCGGUCGGUAGUGGAGGAGUUGGAGCUGGAGAGGAACCAGCUGCAGGAACAGAUCCUAGGACUGGAGGACCGCUGUCAGGACCUUGAGGACCGGCUGCAGCUGCAGGCUCGCAUCGAGUCCCUACAGAACGAGUCGGAGAGACUACAGGGUCAGCUGGCCAGCCUUCGGAGCCAGCAGAGCAGGGAUGCAGAGAAACACCAUCUCCUGGUCACCAGCCUCAACGAGCAGCUCAAAGGACUCAGUGACACCCAAGAGUGUCUCGAAACCUCUCUUAUAGAGAAGGAGAACACAUUAGUCAAGACCUCUGAGAAACUGGAGCUCAUCGACAGCCUCCGAGAUUCUUUAAUGGAAAAGGAGGCGCAGCACAAAGAGGUCGCCGACAAGCUGCUUCAAUCUGAGAACCAUCUCACUGAAGUCUCCACAAAAUGCAGUACCUUUGAAAAACAGUGUUCAGAACUGAAGACAUCGGUUGCAGAUCUCACACAUAAGCUGAGUGUGCUUAAAGAGAAGACACUGAAACAAGAGGCCACAAUAAACACUCUUCAAAAUGACCUGGAUCAGACAAACGAUGAACUGGACAAGUUGAACACCACCCAUCUGGAAGAAAGGUCUCAGCUGAUCCACAACCUUCAAAGCUGUGAACGGGAGAUUGAUAACCUCAGAGAUGUCCUCUCAGACAAGGACAAGGAGAUCUUAGCCCUCUCGGGCAACAUGGCGGAGUACGCAGAGCAGAUCAUGGUGCUGAAGCAGGAGAUCAAGCACAAGGAGGAGGACCUGGUUCGCAUCGAGACCGCCCUCACCAAAACGGAGCGGGAGGCACAGAUCAUCAGAGACUCUCAGAACUCGGACCAGCAGGCUCUGUACACCAAGACGGCAGAGCUGGUGGAACAGCUGAAGGAUGCAGAGACUGAGCUGAGCAAGGCCAAAGAGGAGAAGGAGUCGAGGACAGUAGAGGUGGAGGAGCUGAGGAAGCAAGUGGAAGAGGACAAGCGGACCAUCCUGGAACUUCGAGGGGAGAUCCAGCAGCAUCGUAAUCAUCUCUUAGAGUGUGAAACUCAGAUCUCUUCACUGAAGGAGCAUGUGACUGUUGCUUCCCAGAAACUACAGGAGUCCGAGGGUCUCAUCUCUCAGUUGAGGGAAGCAAGUACAUCCAGCAAGACACUGAAAGACCAGCUCCAGGACAAGGAGCAGACGUAUGAGAAAGAACUCAAAUCGGUCAAGGAGGAACGGAACAAGCUUAACGCAGAGGUGUCCAAACACGAUGAUGACCUUAAGACCCUGUCCAACAAGCUAGAGAAGCAGACAGAGUGUCAGGUACAGUUGAAAAAAGAGAUGCAAGAAAAACUGGAGACAAUAUCCUCUCUUGAGGAAAAACUCAGGGCCAUCCAGGAAGAGGCCGAAGUAGAGCAACAGAAAUUUAACACAGAACUGCAAGUCAGAGAUUCUGAAAAGGAGAAGUUGGCGAAAGACCUGCAGGUUAAAUUGGAAAAUAUCUCAAAUAUGAAGAAGCUCUUGAAAAACAUGAAGACUGAAAAACAACAACUGCAAGCUGACCUGAAGGAGAAGGCAGAUGAACUUAAGUCUCAAAAGCAGCUUGUAGAUGACCUUAAUAAAAAAUCUACGGCAGCUCUUGAACUUAACAGCAGUUUGAACUCUCAAAAAAAUGGCCUCAGAGAGGAGAAUCAGAGGUUGCAACAGGAUGUAGCUGGAAAGCAGAAAUCCAUUUCAGAGAUGACAGAUGAAAGGGAUUCUCUGAGAAACAAAGUCUCUGACUUUGAAACGCAGCAUUCAGAAAACAGAAAAGUCAUUGAAGGGCUUCUGAAAGACAAGGAGGAGCUGAGUGUUAGAGCCAAUGAACUGAACAGGGUCCUGGAGCAAAAUAAACAGUCCAUUUCCGAGAGUCUAUUUGAGAAAACGAAUGAAUGUAGUCUUCUAACUAAAACACUCAGGGAAAGGGAGGAGACAGUUGCCCUUUUACAGGUGCAAAUUGACAGUUUGAACACUCAAGUGGAGCAGUUCCAUCACAACAUUGCUGAAAAAGAGAAGUUUGUCACUGAUCAAAACUCACAAAUAGAGGCACAGCAGAGCCAGCUGUCGCAACUCCAGGAAACAAUGUAUUUACUGCAGGAGCAGGAGACUGCCCUGAAAACUGGGCUCACGGAGAAAGACACCGUAUUGCAGCAGAAAUCAGAUGAGUGGAGCUCUUUACAGAAUAAACUUGGGCAGCAGAAAAAGCUUCUAUCCAAGCUACAGGGUGAGACUAAAUCACUUAAAGGACAAUGCUCACAACUGACCCAGUGUCUGGAAGAAAAAGAAGAGACCUUCAGACAAAUGACACAGGACUGUGAAAACCACAAAGCCGAGCUUAACAAGAGGAAUGAGUCAUUGAAGUCACUAAGCAGUCAGCUUGGUGUCAUGAACGAGAGCAGUGCGAAGUUGAAGUCUGAAAAUACAGAGCUGAAAACCACCAUGGAGAACCACGGAGCAGAAAACAACAAGCUGAGGCAUGAGAUGGAACAGAGGCAAGCUGAGGUGGUUGGCCUCCACAGUCACAUCCAGGCACUGAGUGAGCAAAACCAACAACUCCGAGCUGCUUAUGAGAUCAGAGAUCAGGAACUUGCCCAGCAAAUGCACGUUGCAUCUGAGCUUGAUAGAAGGGUAAAUGUGACUCUUGAGCAGAACACAAACCUGUGCUCACAACUGAACAGUCUGACAGAGGAGAAGCAGAUACUGCAACAGGAAUUAGCUGUACAGUCGGAGUCCAUUUCUGAAUUAAGCAAGGAGAAGAACUUACUUCAAGAUAAACUUUCCAAUUUUGAAAUGCAACAUUCAGAAAACUGCAAAAUUAUUGAAGGGCUACUGAAAGACAAAAAGGAGCUCAGUGUAGCAGUAGAGGAACUGAACAAGGUCCUAGAGCAAAACAAACAGACCGUUUCAGAGAGUUUGCUGGACAAAACAAAUAAAUGUACUAAUCUCACCAAAUUGCUUAGAGAGAGUGAAGAGGCACUUGCACAUUCACAAGACCAAGUUGACAGCUUGAACACCCAACUUGAUCAACUGAACAACAACAUAACCGAAAAAGAGAAGACUAUCAGAAAUCAAAACUCACAAUUAGAGGCCCAGCAGAGAGAGUUGUCGCAACUCCAGGAGACAUUGGCUUUAUUACAGGAGCAGGGGACCGCACUGAAAUCUGGGCUCACAGAGAAAGACACCAUGUUGCAGCAGAAAGCAGAGGAGUGGAGCUCUUUACAGAAUAAACUUAAUCAACUGCAGGGCGAGACUAAAUCACUUAAAGGACAAUGCUCACAACUGACUCAGCAUCUGGAAGAAAAAGAAGAGACCUUCAGACAAAUGACACAGGACUGUGAAAACCACAAAGAUGAGCUGAACCAGAGGAACGAGUCAAUGAAGUCACUAAGCAGUCAGCUUGGUGUCAUAAAUGAGAGCAGUGCGAAGUUGGAGUCUGAAAAUACAGAGCUGAAGACCACUCUGGAGAACCACGCAGCAGAAAACAAGAAGCUAAGGGAAGAGAUGGAACAGAGGCAAACUGAGAUAUUAGAUCUUAGGGACAACAUCCAAGCAUUGAAUGAACAGAAUGUCAGACUAAAAACCGAACUCAAAAACUCUGUCACAGAGGCAUCCAAGAAACUUGAAGAGAUUUCAGUUCUCAAGGCAGAGAUUUCUAACAGGGACAGUUAUGUUUCUAAUUUAACAAAGCAACUGACAGCAGCCUGCUCGGACAGGGAUAGCUUAGGUUUGAAUUUGCAGCAGAGAGGUGAGUCCCUAAAACAGCAGGAGAUGUUUAUUAAGCAGUUGCAAACUAAGUCAGUAGAGGGUGAGGGUCAGAUGAGCCAGGCCAUCACUGAGCUGCAGACACAAGCUCAGAGUCUUCAGAAAAGCCUUCAAGACAAAGAUGUUUCGCUGCAUGAGGCGGAGAAACAGCUGAGUCUGCUCAGAGAGAAGUUCACCUUAGAAUCUGAGGAUUUCAAAACCCAGCUGAAUUCAAGUGCGGAAACAAUGAAACAGCUCCAGGGUGAUCUGGAUAAUGCGGUGGAACAGAGUAAUCAGCUCAGUGGGAGGCUUGAAGAACAAGAGGCACAGCUUAAGCAGAAAGUUGAUGAUUAUGUGAGUUUAAGGACAUAUGUUUCAGAGCUGGAGGAUUCUACCACACAGCUCAGAUGUCAAGUUGACAGCCUGACCUCUGAGUCAUCCCUGUUAAAAGAGACCCUGAAAGAGAAAGUCAAGUUCAUCCUUGAAGCACAAAGCACCUCCUCAGCUGUUAGUGAAAGCCUAAAUUCAAAACUCAAAACCAAAGAUACAGAAUGUGAGAGCUUAAAAGAGCAGCUUUCGUACCUCCAAGGAUCCGUUUUAAAGCUCAAUACCAAAGAUGCAGAAUGUGAGUGCUUAAAAGAGCAGCUUUCACAUCUCCAAGAGUCUGUUUCAAAGCUCAAUAGUAGCCUCAGUGCCCAGUCCUCUGAAGUGGCACGACUUCAACAAGCCUUAGAGGAAAGAGGGACUGCCGUUAUGGACCAGUCAAAGGCCCUUCAGGAGCUGCAGAGAAGGGCAGAUGAAGCAACCCUCUUCAAAACCCAGUUCAUGGAGAGCACAGAGUUGGUGUCACAACUGCAGGAUCAGAUUCAGGAACUCUCCACUAAGUCUGCAAGCCUCAGCCGGUCGGCAGAGGAGAACCAAAGUGCCUUUGUAAAUCUUCAGGAGAAGUAUGCUACUCAUUUAGAGGAGCUCCAGGAAGCUCGGACGAUGCUUUCUCAAAGGGCCGAGGAGAUGUCCAGUCUUAACAAGUCCCUCAGUGAAAGCAACAGCACAGUUCAGGCAGCAGAAAGCACCAUAGAGGUGCUGAGGAAUGAGUCUUCCUUGCUACGUCAAGACCUUCGGCAAAUCCAAACACUGAAUGUCGACCUUUCAAAACAAAAGGAAGACGCCCUUGCUACCCAUCAAAGGAGCACCUCAACAUUCACUGUCGAAAUUGAGAGACUAAAAUCUCAGUAUUUGCAUGUGGCUGCUCAGGUAAAUGCACUGACAGAAAAUCUUGAGCAGAGAGAGAUGUCUCUUCAUGCCAUUAACAGUCAGUACACAGCCCAAGUGAAACAGGCAGAGCAUGUAGUGUCAGAAAUGCAGAAACUAGAAGAGCAAAAUAAGAAGCUAAGAGAGGAGAUAGCUCUGUCAAAGCAAGAAAAUCAACAGCGGCUGGAUGCAGCAAUCAGUGAAAAAGAACGUCUGCAGCAAGAAGUUCAGAAACUCAUAAUUGAGAGAGAUGAACACGGCAAGAGCUACAGCAGCCAGAUACAAACAAUGCAGGAGCAGUUGCAUCUCCAAAAGCAGCAGCAAUCCAGCAGCAUGAACGAAGUCAUGGAGAAAAUGGUGGCUGAGAAGGAAAGACUACAGGUUGAGGAGACGAGACAGAGGGUGGAUGAGCUGCAGAGCGCCUUGCAGCAGGCACAGGCCUUCAAACUGCAGACUGAAACAGAAGUCAGCGGGUACCAGGCAGAGCUGGCUGAACUGAGGUCAGAGAGUAGCAGGCUGCAGGCUGAGUGCCAGCGUCUGGCUGGGGAGAGGAAGGAGACCAUGGCCCUGGUGGGGAAGGAUGUGUCUGAUGACCCGUCACUGACCCAGCUCCAGGCGGAGAGAACUCAGCUGCAGAGUCACCUGCAGCGCUGCCUCUAUGAGAUCCAGCAGAGAGAUCUGCACUGCCAGCAGCUCAACGCCAAGCUGCAGCAGGUGGUGGAGGAGAAAGGGGGUGUGUCGGCCCAGCUGAGGGCAGUGUCUCAGACGCUGAGAGACACCCAGAACCGCUGCUAUUGGCUGGAGAACCAGGCCCUGCCUAACCAGCACCACCAGGGCCUUGCAAAGCAGGGGGCGGUGUCUGUAGAAGUGGCUCCGGGAGCUCCCCAGGAGAGGAGCAGUGCUGUGGUAGACAUGGAAGCACUGGAGGCCGGCGAGCUCAGGACCAGGCUGGUGGAGGUGGAGCAGAGUGUGGUUCAGCUAAGUGAGAGUCUGGCUGAAGAGAGGACCAGGAGGGAAGCAGCCGAGGAAGCUCUGGGACUGGCUGAGGACAGAGCCAAGAGCGUUGACUCCAGUCCAUCCAGGACGACCCAGAGAGACUUCAGCAUCCAGCUGGAUACAGAGGAGGAGUGGGAGGCCCUCAUCCUCAACCCCAACGAACCCCUGGUCACACGCAAGGUGAAAGGCGGGAUGCUGGCCUGCAGGCGCUGGCUUCGGGGGCGGAGCCUGUACUGCUCCAAGCUGCUGACAUCACGGGCCCGCUCGCGCUACCUCUUCCUUGGCUACCUGCUGAUUCUGCACGUGGCUGUCCUCAUGUGCCUCACCGGCGCCCUCUAGUGCUGUGGGGUGAAAACAAUCACAAAUUGCAGAUAGAAAUAUAAUUUAUAGAGCAGACUGAGGCACGUUUCCUCCAUGACAAAGACAGUUUGUUCUGCGCAAUGUUUUUCUAUGUAGUUCACUUGACGCUGGGGGUGUUAACAUUGCAGAUACAAAUGUCAUGUGUAGACAAGACACCAUGGCCCGUUUCCUCCACGACAAAGAGGAAUGUCUGUUCUACUCCAUUUCGAGGUAGUUAACCAUGUCUUUUUCCCCUGGAAUGUUAUUCCACCUUUCAGAAUAAGCUGCAGGUUUUUGUCUAGUAUCCAGAGUUUUCAUAAGAGUGAGGGCUUUUGGGGUGUGUCUCAAGUCUUGUGGCUUCUUCGCCUCGCCUCCUACCCUUGGUUCUCACUGGUCUGAAAAGAAAAUGGACAGCUGAAAGUGGGUCCUUUGGUUAGAUCCUACCUUCUUGUUUUCACCCAUUUUUUUGUCAGAUCAGUACAGAUGGAGGCGAGAGGAAGAAGACUGUUAUUGACUAUUAAGACUCAGCUUUUGGAGUGUCUCAGGAGAAAGUGCCGUUUCGAUCCUGUCUGUUAUGUGUUAAAGCCUGAGACGGAACAGAAAGCCAUAUCCACAUCUAUAUGAACGCUAGCCUAAGACGUGCGUACGUACGUGUGUGUGUGUGUGUGUGUGUGUGUGUGUGUGUGUGUGUGUGUGUGUGUGUGUGUGUGUGUUUGAAACACAUUUGUGUGCGCAGGUGUGUGUGUUCAUUUGCACGUGUACAAGAAAUAAACACUAGUCCACUGUAACCUCAUUUAGAUUCACCUUGGAGAACAAAGACUGGUGUAAGUCUAAGAUGAUUCAUCAACAACAUGAUGGAACUGCCCCACUCAGACUGAUGCUGAUGUCUGGCAAGACACAGAUACGGUAUUUCAGGAGAGAAGGGUGGGAAAAGCCAAUAGUACUAUUUCUGCAAAGAUGCCUAUGUAAUUGCACUGCUGCUCAACCCUUCUCCCCAAUACCAAACCCACUGUGUGCUCAACCUGGCACUACCAGGCCAUGGCAUAAUGUUCCCUUUGGCACCCCCUGGUGUCUCCUGGGUAAUAACUGUCUCAUGGUGGCCUUGGCACAAUUCUAAGGUCUAUUCUAUAGCUGCUGCAUUCAAAGCUAUGCACUAAAAAUCAGGGGGUGUUUUUUUCCCUUCUCUCCUUCAGCAAAGAUAUUCAACAUAAUGUAGGGCCAGGAGUUUUAUCUGACCACGUGUCCUGAUAAGGAAAUACUGAUCUGGACCCUAGUAAUAGGAUCUAACUGGCCCCUAGUAAUAGGAUCUAACUGGACCCUAGUAAUAGGAUCUAACUGGACCCUAGUAAUAGGAUCUAACUGGACCCUAGUAAUAGGAUCUAUCUGCACCCUAGUAAUAGGAUCUAUCUGGCACCCUAGUAAUAGGAUCUAACUGGCCCCUAGUAAUAGGAUCUAACUGGAACCUAGUAAUAGGAUCUAUCUGCACCCUAGUAAUAGGAUCUAACUGGCCCCUAGUAAUAUGAUCUAACUGGCCCCUAGUAAUAGGAUCUAACUGGAACCUAGUAAUAGGAUCUAUCUGCACCCUAGUAAUAGGAUCUAACUGGCCCCUAGUAAUAUGAUCUAACUGGCCCCUAGUAAUAGGAUCUAACUGGCCCCUAGUAAUAGGAUCUAACUGGCCCCUAGUAAUAGGAUCUAACUGGACCCUAGUAAUAGGAUCUAACUGGCCCCUAGUAAUAGGAUCUAACUGGCCCCUAGUAAUAGGAUCUAACUGGCCCCUAGUAAUAGGAUCUAACUGGCCCCUAGUAAUAGGAUCUAACUGGCCCCUAGUAAUAGGAUCUAACUGGCCCCUAGUAAUAGGAUCUACUGGACCUUAGUAAUUGGAUCUAUCUGGAACCUAAAGGUUUUACCUUGUCAGAUCACAUGGUCUGAAGAAUAUCUUCCUACCCUGUUUGUGAGCAUGUACCCUGGUAAGUGUGUAAGUAAGAUGUUGUAUUUAAGGGUGGAGUGUAAAAGGGUGCGAGUGUGCACCCUUGAAAGUCUACUGUGUGUAUUUAUGUAUCUGUAUUUGUUGCUCUGUGCCCCCCAAUGCUCUGUUGUUCACUGUACAUUUCUACUUCAUCUGUUGAUUGAUUACAUGCUGAUUUAAUCACUUGAUUGAUAGUGCAGGGUGGCAAUUCACAAAGCAGGAGACAAUAUGUCAGCCAUCUUGCUUUGAGACAAUUUGGGAUAUAAUUCGUAUUUCUCUGGUUCAUAUCUCAUCUGUUUCAAGUUUAGCAUGGGAAGUACUGAGAGAAUGUCAUACUUAUAACAAGUGUGUUUUACCUCUCUGCACUAGGAAAUAUGAAGCCUGACUGACAAGCUGUUUGUUUGUGCCAUCAUGCCAACUCUUUCUCACUCAUUGUUAUACCAAACACGUUUGGCUUGACAAUGAGCAAUGGAGUUGGCCAGAACACAAACCGAUUUGGGACCAGGAUAGGAAAUCUGGUGUUUCAGAAUAUUUACGGUAGUUAGCCAGCUGAGCUAAAAACAUUGCUCCUGCUUUGUGGGAUACCACCAUAGAGAAUGAUAGAGGCCUCUAGUGGCCAAAAGGCUGUAUUAGCAUGGGCAGCGCCACUGAGGGCUUCCACCAAUUUUAAUGUAGUCAACUGGGUUGGACUUCCAACUUCAUUGGCUGAUCCCUCCUGGUAACCCUGUUGGAGUCAUGUCCAACCGGGUCAUUAGGAGGGAUCAGCUAAUCGUGAAGAAGAAGAUUGACUACUUCAAUGACACUGCCCAUGCUGUCAGACGCUGUAAUGGCACAGAUACAAAGAUAAUGGAUACCACCCUGUUCUAACGUUGGUGUUGUGGUGCCGUGGUCCUGAUGGCCUGUAGAUGAGUCCUCUAUCUAUCUCUAUGGAUACCACCCUGUUCUAACGUUGGUGUUAUGGUACCGUGGUCCUGAUGGUCUGUAUAGAUGAGUCCUCUAUCUAUCUCUAUGGAUACCACCCUGUUCUAACGUUGGUGUUGUGGUACCGUGGUCCUGAUGGUCUGUAUAGAUGAGUCCUCUAUCUAUCUCUAUGGAUACCACCCUGUUCUAACGUUGGUGUUGUGGUCCUGAUGGUCUGUAUAGAUGGUGUGAUUGAGGAAAGGAUGACAAAAUACAUCUAUUUAUAAGAGGAAAUGCUACUGAGUGAAACCGAAAUGUCAUAUUUUCUAAAUAGGCUCUAUUUUUUUGAAGUGAAAUCGUUUGGACAGCAAUACUAUCCUAUCCAGGCAUGAAUGGGUUCAAUACCUUGAGGUUGACUUUCACGAAGAAAGGAAUUUUAAUAAAUCUGUUUGAAAAAUACAA